AUGGGUUCUGCUUGUUGUUGCUUUCGUGUCAAGGAUCUUGAUCCUAGAGAAAAUGUAGAUACAUCCAGCCAUGGAAACUCAAUCUACCAUGAGUGCUUCUUUAGUAACUUAUUCAACAAGUAUGCAGGAUUCUUCAGCAGUGGCCAAAUGCAUGGCCUCUCUUCAUCCAGUCAGGAGGCAGCUUCUUCGACUCCUAAUGGGGCACCUGAAAAUACAGAAGCUGACACUACGACUUGUUCUCCUAGAAAGUCAAGAUGUCAUUCAUCAGAAGAAGAAGAAGAUGUCUGCCCUACAUGUCUUGAAGAAUACACGCCUGAAAACCCUAAGAUCAUUACACAUUGUUCUCACUCUUACCACCUUAGUUGUAUAUAUGAGUGGAUGGAGAGAAGCCCAAAAUGUCCACUUUGUUGCCGGGUGUUGACAUUUGACGAAGCAAAUUAA